AUGAGCGGUCUUUCAACCGUUCCGGAUAACAUCAAUUUCGCGAAGGAGGAAGAUAAAAUUGCUCAAAAAUGGAAAGAUGAGAAUACAUUCGAACGAUCUGUCGAACUCUCCAAAGACCGUCCACACUUCACUUUCUAUGAUGGUCCACCAUUCGCUACUGGACUUCCUCAUUACGGUCAUAUGCUCACGAGUACUAUCAAGGAUGUAGUUGGUAGAUGGGCUCAUCAAAAUGGGCAUUAUGUCGAGAGAAGAUUCGGAUGGGAUACUCAUGGUCUUCCAGUCGAAUAUGAAAUUGACAAAACUCUUGGAAUCAGUGGUCCACAAGAUGUUAUGAAAAUGGGAAUCGCCAAUUAUAAUAAUGAAUGCAGAAAGAUUGUUAUGAGAUAUUCCGGGGAAUGGGAGAAAACGAUGGGUCGUCUAGGGCGUUGGGUCGAUUUCAAACAUGACUACAAAACCCUUUACCCCUGGUUCAUGGAGUCAGUUUGGUGGGCAUUCAGUGAAUUGCACAAGAAAGGACUCGUAUACAAGGGUGUAAAAGUGAUGCCAUUCUCCACUGCAUGUUCGACCCCACUUUCGAAUUUCGAAGCCGGGCAAAACUACAAGGAUGUCGUUGAUCCAGCUGUGUUCGUUGGUUUCAAGUUAUUGGACAACCCGAAUCGUAUGCUUGUUGCAUGGACAACCACUCCAUGGACUCUUCCAUCAAACUUGGCUCUUGUUGUUCAUCCGGAUAUGCAAUAUGUUGUUGCAAAGGACAAGACGACUGGAAUUGAAUACGUCGUUCUCGAGGAACGUCUCGGAGAACUCAAGAAUGAGAAUCUUGAAGUUGUCGAGAAACUUGUCGGAAAGCAACUCAAGGAUCUCAAAUAUGAACCACUUUUCCCAUAUUUCGCUCAUAUGCGUGAGGAGAGAAAUGCAUUCAGAGUUUUGAAUGACACUUUCGUCACUUCUGAUUCUGGUACUGGAGUUGUACAUCAAGCUCCAUACUUCGGAGAGAUCGAUUUCCAAGUUUGUGUUAACAAUGGAGUCAUUGCCAAAGACCAGAAAAUGAUCUGCCCAGUUGACGAAAACGGAAAGUACACCUCGGAAGUGAAGGACUAUGAAGGAAUAUAUGUGAAAGACGCUGAUAAACUUAUUAUGAAGAAGCUCAAGGAGAUGGGAAAUCUUGUGAGACAAGCUGAAUGCAAGCACUCUUACCCAUUCUGCUGGCGGUCGGAUACUCCUCUUCUCUACAAAGCCGUUCCAUCUUGGUUCAUCCGUGUUGAGACUCUUAUUCCAAGACUUUUGGCUAAUAACGAUGAAACUUAUUGGGUACCUUCAUUUGUUAAGGAUAAGAGAUUCGCUAAUUGGUUGAGAGAUGCUCGUGAUUGGGCUGUCUCGAGAAACCGCUUCUGGGGAACUCCAAUCAAUUUGUGGGUUUCGGAUGAUGGAGAAGAGGUGGUUUGCGUCGGAAGUAUCGCUGAAUUGGAAGAGCUCUCCGGACAAAAGAUCACAGAUCUUCAUAGGGAAAGUGUAGAUGACAUCACUAUCCCAUCUCGUUCAGGACGUGGAGUUCUCAAGCGUGUAUCAGAAGUUUUCGAUUGUUGGUUCGAGUCUGGAUCUAUGCCAUAUGCCCAAAACCACUAUCCAUUCGAGAACCGAAAGAUCUUCGAGGAUAACUUCCCAGCUGAUUUCAUUGCUGAGGGAAUUGACCAGACUCGUGGAUGGUUCUACACUCUUCUUGUUCUGUCUACUGCUCUUUUCAACAAGCCACCAUUCAAGAAUCUCAUCUGCAACGGUCUUGUUCUUGCAUCUGACGGAGCCAAGAUGUCCAAGAGAAAGAAGAAUUAUCCAGAUCCAAUGGAGAUUGUGAACAAAUAUGGAGCUGAUGCUCUCCGGCUUUAUCUCAUCAACUCACCAGUUGUCAGAGGAGAAAACUUGAGAUUCAGAGAAGAAGGAGUCAGAGAUCUUCUCAAGGACGUGUUCCUUCCAUGGUUCAAUGCCUACAGAUUCUUUGUUCAGAAUGUGCAAGCUUAUGAACAUGAAACUGGAAAUGUGUUCGAUAUGAACGCUCAUGUUGCCAGCGAGAAUGUGAUGGAUAGAUGGAUCGAAUCUUUCACAAACAGUCUUGUCGGUUUCGUUCGCAAAGAAAUGGACGCCUACAGGUUGUACGCUGUCGUCGGACCACUCACCAAAUUCUUCGACACUCUUACCAACAUCUACAUCAGAUUGAACAGAAAAAGAGUAAAGGGAGACAACGGACUCCAUGAGCAACAUCACGCAUUGGCUGCGCUUGGACGUGUUCUCAUCCUCAUUGUUCGACUGAUGGCUCCGUUCACUCCAUUCUUCUGUGAAUACAUCUGGCAGAACUUGAAAAAGGUCAUUGGAGCAUCGGAGGAAUCUGUUCAUUUCUUGAUGCUUCCAAAACCAGAUGAGAGUCUCAUUGAUGAAUCAGUUGAGAGAAGAGUGGAGGUGAUGAGAAAUGUGAUUGAUCUCGUUCGUCUUGUUAGAGAUCGUGAAGGUCUUGCUGUGAAAUACCCAUUGAAGGAGAUGGUUGUCAUCAACAGAGACAGCCAAUUCUUAGAAGACGUUAAGAGUCUCGAACCAUAUGUCCUUCUUGAGUUGAAUGUUCGAAAACUGACAGUAUCACAGGACAAGCAGAAGUAUGGAAUCACACUCAAAGCCGAACCGAACUUCAAGAUCCUUGGAGCUCGUCUGAAGGGAGAACAAAAGAAGGUUGCUGACUACUUGAAGAACAAGAUCACUGAAACAGAAUUGGAACAAUUCCUCCUUGAAGGAAAACUUACCGUUCUUGGACACGAGAUCUCUUCUGAAGAAGUGGCUGUCAGUUAUGCAAACGGAAGCGAUCAAGGACAUGGAUUCAAGACGCAUUCUGAUGCAAAGACUAUUGUGAUGAUUGAUACUACUGAGGAUGAGUCACUUGUUGAGGAAGGACUCUGUAGAGAAGUUACCAACAGAGUUCAACGUCUUCGUAAACAAGCCAAACUCGUUUCCACUGAUACUGCUCAUGUUCACAUUGUUGUUCAUCCAAAUGAUUCUCAACUUGCCCAAGUUGUUGCUGCAAAACUUAAAGAUAUCGAGUCAGCCACAGGAACACCCAUCAAGUUGGGAGCACCAUCUGCCUCGGCCAAGGCUCCAACGGCCACUAGCAAGAGUGCUGUGAAGGAUUCAGAAGUUGAAUUGUGGUUGUUCGCUGAAGGAGACAAUUUCGAAGGAAUCACAGUUGUCGAUGGAACCAAGAAAGUUCGUGUUCAUUUGAAGACUGAAAAUGAACAACUCAAUGGAUAUGCUGAUCUCCUCUAUCACGUUCGAUCGGCUCUCGAUCAAUGGAACGGAAAAAUCACCUUGAAUAAUGCCGACGGUUCACGAGUUCACCCAACUGUUGACGUGAAUUCUCUCGCCGGAAAGACGCUUCAACUCGCUCGAUAA